AUGCUACUGCAGCACGCCAGAACGGCGCCGCCGCCACCUGUAUCUUACACGUCCUACCCUCCCUACAUAGCCGAGCCAGAGACUUCGCACCAGCCACCAUCAUCCACCCCUGUUCACCAACCUCCAUCUCCUCAUGAAGACUCGUCCAAGCCCAUGUCCUACAACUCGAAGACGAAAUAUAGAAGGACUCGCAGGGCUUGCGAUCUCUGCAACCAGAAACGGACCAAAUGCUCGGGCGAAAUGCCUCGCUGUUCUCAAUGUAUCAGAACAAACAGCGUGUGUACGUAUCUCCGGGAAGAGAAAAAAAGAGGCAGAGCCAGCUCGAAUUAUCCAAAAAUAAUCAUCCGACGGAAACCAACCAAAAAUAAAAGUCCGGAAACGAAGCAUGAGCACGACAUAAUACAUCACCAGUCACCACACCCAUCGCCAUCUACCGUCUCGCAGCCGUUCCGGUACCCAAUCCUUAAUCAAGCGGCCCACGUCAUCUCUCAGCUGCAGAUUUCGCAUUUUCUUGCAAAUGACCUGAUUGACUUGUACUUCCAAACUCCGUUUCCAAUCAUGAUCCUCAACCCCAACCAUAUUCUUACCUCGGAUCCACACAGAGUGCGGAAAACUAACGAGGGGUUCAUUCUCUCGAUGCUUCUCUGUGGAGCGGCGCUUUUGCAACUCUCUCCAUCACCAUCUAUUUCCAAAGAGUCCUCGCUAGGACUCCUAGACAUGUUAUUUUUCAAGACAAACAGUUUCUUACAAAGUUCAACCAAAUUGGACCUCGAUGACAUUAUCUCAUACAUAAAUCUUGUCAGAGCAUACACGAUGGUUGGCGGCAUUCAUGAGGCCAUUCAAGUAAUUGACCAGGCUAUUAGCCUCGCUUUAAAGCUCAAAAUCAAUGUUGAGGAUCCAUCGGAGUACCACACGUUGAUAGAAGAGAAGAGAAGAGCCUGGUACUGCCUGGUCACCCUAGAGGCAGAGCUCAAACACGGCUCACGUCAUCCUUUCAUCGCUAGAAAUAUGUCUAGCUCAUUUUCCUCCCUAUAG